AUGGCCGUAUGCCAAAGUGGGCUCUAUCUCACUCUGUUCAUAUCUAUCUAUCUAUCUAUCUAUCUAUCGCAUCAUGUUUAUACCUAUCUAUUUCAAAUUUUCACCUCUAUCUAUCAGAGUGUGUUAAUAUCUCUCUCACUCUCUCUCUCUAUCUCGCUAUAUCAUUCUGUUCAUAUCUAUCUAUCUAUCUAUCUAUCUAUCUAUGUUUCCUAUUCCGUCAUUCCAUUUCAUUUCCUUAACAUCUGUAUUCACUUUCUUUCUUUUUUCUUUCCUUCCCUCUUCUUUCUUUUCUUCAUUUUCUUUCUUUAUUUCAUUCUUUUAUUCUUUCUUUCAUUCGUUCUUUUUCUUUCUUUCUUUUUUCUUUCUUUCUUACUUUUUGCUUUCUUUCUUUCCUUCUUUUUCUUUCUUCUUUCUUUCUUUCUUUAUUUGUUUUAUAUUUAUUUCUUUUUUCUUUCUCUCAUUUGCUUUCUUCCCUUCUUUUUCUUUCUUUCUUUAUUUAUUUCAUUUUUUCUUUCUUUCUUUCUUUCUUUCUUUCUUUCUUAUUCUUUCUUUUUUCUUUCUUUUUUUCCUACUUUUUGCUUUCUUUCUUUGUUUCUUUCCUUUUCUUUCUUUCUUUAUUUAUUUUAUCUUUCUUUUUCUUUCUCUCUUUUGCUUUCUUUCCAUCUUUUUCUUUCUUUCUUUUUCUUUCUUUCUUACUUUCUUUCAUUUUUAUUCUUUCUAUAUUCAUUUUAUCUUUCAUUCUUUUUAUUUACUUCCUUUUUUCUUUCUUUCUGUAUUCAUUUUAUCUUUUUUCUUUCUUUCUUUCUUUCUUUUUUCCUUUCUUUCUUUCUUUCUUUAUUUAUUUCUUUCUCCAAAGAGUAA